UACAUGAACUCAUGUAUCCAGCGUUGUCCGUUUUUGGUUAUCUGAGCGGGUGUCAAGAGUUGCUUUGAAGUAAUAUAGUUCUUUUAAUAAAUCGCUUAAAAUGUCGGAAGUUUCCAUGUCAGAAGCACCGCACCUGCAGCAAAUCGAUUUGACAACGUUAAAUCUCCAACAACUCACGAUACUGAAGCAACAAUUGGAUAAAGAACUCGGUGUCUUCCAAGAUUCUCUGCAAACUUUGAAAAUUGCACAAACUAAGUUUCAGGAAUCAGGAUCAUGUCUGGAGAAAAUUACUCCUGCCAUGGAAGGGAAUGAAAUUCUUGUACCGUUAACUGGGUCUAUGUAUGUGGUUGGUAAGCUCGCAGAUACGAAUAAUGUACUAAUCGACAUCGGAACUGGUUAUUACGCACAGAAGAAUGUAACGGAUGCAAAGGAUUACUUCGAUAGAAGAGUGGCAUACGUCACCGAACAGAUGGAGAAGAUUCAGCAGCUAGGUUUAGAGAAGAGCAAAGUCAGAGACGCAACAGCAGAUGUGAUAGAAAUGAAACUCGAUGAUCAAAUGCAGAAAGAAAGGAAAUAAUCACACGUAAAAUACUGUCAAGUUCACUGAACUAAGCAUUUAAAUGCAAAUCGUUCAUUACUUGUGUCAAUUUACAUUAAUACUAUUAUUAAGUUGCCUUCGUUUAUACUUUAUUAUUAAAUCCUGAUAAUAAUUAUUCUGUAUUUUAACAUGAGAUUAAUUAAAUUUGAUAGUCAUAAGGGAUACCAAAUUAUUUACUUAAUUUUCAAUUCUAUUGUUAUGUACAGAUUUUGCAUAAGGUGUAAGUUUUGAUAAAUUAGGUCAGGGCAAAAGAUCUGUUGGUUUUAGGUAAUAAAAACUUAAGGCAUAAUACCUUUCUUUAGUAUUUUUAUUUAUUUUAUAUAUAUGUAAUAGUUAUUUAAAUGAAGUUCAUGAUACUUAAAGUGUACAUAGUAAUCGGUAGCUAAUUUAAAUUGUUUAUUAACUUAUUUAUAAAUGUUCAACUAUUUAAAAUGGUUUAUGGUGACAUAAACGAAUGGAAAUCUAUUAGAAUGUUAGAAAAAUGUUAAAAUUAUAUAGCAUUUCCCAGACAUAUUGUUAGAUUACACGGAAUAAUGUAGUAUGAGUUUCAACAUUAUUAUAAUGAAGACAUCUCUCGUUAACUAAAUUAAAUCAUUAAAAUUUUUAUUUAUGAACUUUUGAGAAUGUUGAAUUUUAAAUUUUGCAGAUAUAUUGGAGUAUCAUUUUGUAAAAUAAAAAAAGUACCUCGAAAACCUACAGAACUAUUGCACUCACCUAAUACUAAAGAAUUUUAUCUUCUGCAACAAUUGUAAGAAUAAUAAAGAAUACUUUUAUUUGUCACUAUGGUGAA